CCUCUCACUUGCUUCUGGCCCCAAAGCCCAGGUAGAAUCCCGCGUCCUCGCCACUGGGACUCAGCCUGGAAGAGACGGGCCCUGGAAAGUCCUGUUUGAUCAGUGUGACCCUGGGAACACCGGCUACAUCAGCUCAGGCAAGUUCCGCAGCCUCCUGGAGAGCCACAGCUCCAAGCUGGACCCGCACAAAAGGGAGGUGCUCCUGGCUCUGGCCGACAGCCACACCGAUGGGCAGAUCUGCUACCAGGACUUUGUCAACCUGAUGAGCAACAAGCGGUCCAACAGCUUCCGCCAGGCCAUCCUGCAGGGGAACCGCCGGCUCUGCAGCAAGGCCCUGCUGGAGGAGAAAGGGCUGAACCUCUCCCAGCGGCUCAUCCGCCACGUGGCCUACGAGACCCUGCCCCGGGAGAUUGACCGGAAGUGGUACUACGACAGCUACACCUGCUGCCCCCCACCCUGGUUCAUGAUCACCAUCACCCUGCUGGAGGUGGCCUUUUUCCUGUACAAUGGAGUGUCGCUGGAUCAGUUUGUGCUGCAGGUGACCCAUCCCCGGUACCUGCAGAACGCACUGGUUUACCACCCACAGCUCCGAGCACAGGCGUGGCGCUACCUGACGUAUAUCUUCAUGCACGCGGGGAUAGAACACCUGGGCCUCAAUGUGGUGCUGCAGCUCCUGGUGGGGGUGCCCUUGGAGAUGGUGCACGGAGCGACCCGCAUUGGGCUGGUCUACGUGGCUGGUGUGGUGGCAGGAUCCUUGGCGGUGUCUGUGGCUGACAUGACCGCGCCCGUCGUGGGCUCCUCUGGAGGGGUGUACGCGCUUGUCUCUGCCCAUCUGGCCAACAUCGUGAUGAACUGGUCAGGCAUGAAGUGCCAAUUCAAGCUGCUGCGGAUGGGUGUGGCCUUGAUCUGUAUGAGCAUGGAGUUUGGGCGGGCCGUGUGGCUCCGGUUCCACCCGUCGGCCUAUCCCCCGUGCCCUCACCCGAGCUUCGUGGCACACUUGGGUGGCGUGGCCGUGGGCAUCACGCUGGGCGUGGUGGUCCUGAGGAACUAUGAGCAGAGGCUGCAGGACCAGUCGCUGUGGUGGAUCUUUGUGGCCAUGUACACCAUCUUUGUGCUGUUUGCUGUCUUCUGGAAUAUCUUUGCCUACACCCUGCUGGACCUAAAGCUGCCCCCGCCCCCCUGACAGCUGGAGGACCAGAAGUCGGGGAGGGCAGGGAGAAGCGGCAUCAGAAAGGAGCAUCUGGAUUCUGUUUUCUCAUCACCAGCUCAGGGAGGCCGGGAGGAGAGGACGAGAGACGCUGGGCAGACAGUGGAGGCUCUGUUCCGAAAGGCACCUGCUGGGGGAGUUGGAUUGGCUACUGUUGUUUUUCUAGACUCUUCCAAAGACAUCGGGCCAGCAAAGGCCUGGGGAGGCUGAGAGUGGCUGUCCCUUUUGGGUGGGCUGAGAGCAGCCUCAUCCUCCACCCUGCGAGACCAUAGAGCAGGGGUGGGGAACCUUCUUACUGCCAACGGCCAUUUGGGUAUUUAUAACAUCAUUCUCG